GUCCCGCGAAGCCACGGCGAUGGCGGCCGGGCGGGAGCGGGUCGCCCGGCUCCUGCGGCAGCUGCAGCAGGCCGGAUGUCGGUGCCCGAGCCAUUGCCACACUUACUCCCAAGUCACUGAACGACCUACGCUGGGAAAUACAGACUAUGCAUUUGAGAUGGCCAUUUCGAACAUCCGAUAUGGAGAAGGAGUUACUAAAGAGAUUGGCAUGGACUUGCAGAAUCUUGGUGCUAGAAGAGUUUGUUUGAUGACAGAUAAAAACCUCUCCCAACUCCCUCCUGUGAAUGCUGUAUUGAAUUCCUUGGCAAAAUAUGGUAUAAACUUUCAGAUGUAUGACAAUGUCCGGGUGGAGCCAACAGACCAAAGUUUCCUGGACGCCAUUGAAUUUGCUAAAAAGGGCGAGUUUGAUGCCUAUGUUGCUGUUGGAGGUGGGUCUGCAAUAGACACCUGUAAAGCUGCCAACCUGUAUGCAUCCAGCCCUACGUCAGACUUCUUGGAUUAUGUCAAUGCUCCUAUUGGGAAAGGGAAGCCUGUCACUGUGCCCCUCAAGCCACUCAUUGCAGUUCCUACAACAGCUGGAACUGGAAGUGAAACCACUGGUGUUGCCAUUUUUGACUUCAAAGAACUAAAAGUAAAAACUGGUAUUGCUUCAAGAGCCAUUAAGCCAACAUUAGGCAUUGUUGAUCCUUUGCAUACCCUGUCUAUGCCUGAGCGAAUAGUGGCCAACAGUGGCUUUGAUGUGCUUUGCCAUGCUCUAGAAUCCUACACUGCUCUUCCUUACAACAUGCGCAGCCCGUGCCCUUCAAAUCCCAUCAACCGACCAGCUUACCAAGGCAGCAACCCCAUCAGUGACGUCUGGGCUCUUCACGCUCUGCGCAUCGUGGCUAAAUAUUUGAAAAGAGCCAUCAGGAAUCCUGAUGACCUGGAAGCAAGAGCCCACAUGCACCUAGCAAGUGCUUUUGCUGGUAUUGGCUUUGGUAAUGCUGGUGUUCAUCUCUGCCAUGGAAUGUCUUACCCUAUUUCUGGUUUGGUGAAAACUUACAAACCAAAGGAUUAUAAUGUGGAUCACUCUUUAGUGCCACAUGGCCUUUCUGUGGUGCUGACAUCCCCAGCAGUGUUUGCUUUCACAGCACAGAUACUUCCGGAGCGGCACCUGGAAGCUGCAGAGAUACUAGGAGCUGACAUCCGUGCUGCCAGAAUCAAAGAUGCAGGGUUUAUUUUGGCAGACACGCUCCGGAAAUUCCUGUUUGAUCUGAAUGUUGAUGAUGGCUUAGCUGCAAUUGGGUAUUCUAAAGCAGACAUCCCUGCGUUAGUCAAAGGCACUCUGCCUCAGGAGAGAGUGACUAAACUAUCACCACGUCCCCAGACAGAAGAAGAUUUAUCUGCUCUCUUCGAGGCUUCCAUGAGGCUUUAUUAGCUUAAACAGGUUGUUCUGAAAAGUGUGCUCUGUCCUAACAUAAAGGUAAUUUUGUAUAGAUGUGAGGCUAAAUUUGUUUAGAGAAUGGGAGAA